AUGUCUCACAAAUUGUUCCGUAGAUCGUUACUAGGGAAGGCAGUCCCUCAGCCACUUGCUGCUUUCACCCCAUCUCUCUCUCCGAGGAGCAGUUCCCCUCCUCUAGUUUUGAGACGUAGAUUAAUAUGGAGAUUUAUUCCGGCGCUCCCUCCGCCUCUUUUCGUCCUCCUCACGCUCUCCCUCGCCGUUUUUGCACAGCAGCCCCUUAGCUUCCUGAGUAUUCAGGGUCGCCAGGUAUCAAAGGAGCAGCGAUGGUCGGAGAUUCAGAGAGCGAGGCAGCAGGGGCGGUGCUCGAACAAGGGCGGUCUGUUCAACGCGUGGCCGUGGGAGGGGGGCUUCUCUGAAGGCUUUCUAGCGUGGGAGCCGCAGCCUGACAAAUACAUUCUCAUGGACUGCCAACGGAACCAGGUGUCCAACCGCAUUCGCUGCAUCCGCAACUACCUCGUAGUGUCAGGGGUGCUCAACUGCACGCUGGUUGAUCUGGUGUCCAACCGCAUUCGCUGCAUCCGCAACUACCUCGUAGUGGCAGGGGUGCUCAACCGCACGCUCGUUGAUCUGGCUUCAUGCGCACCUAGUCCCCUCCCUCCUCCUUGUCCCCUUCGCCACCUGUGCCCCCUAAUCAGGCAGAUUGACGUGCCGUUUUUUCGGCGCCCGGGCUGCCCGAAUAAACUGGCGAUUCAGCCCCAUCCGGCGAUCUUCGAAGCUGCCAGCCGGUUUGUAUCGGAUGUGCUUCUAAAGGGGAUGAAUAACAGUGCAGGGAGUAGCAGGGAAGGAGAGGAGCAGGGCAACAACACAGCGGCUGAGGACACGCUACCAUCAGCCAUUGCUGCUGCCAGUGGGGGUACCACCACUACUAGUGCCAGCGGUAGCAGUGGUAAGAAUGCCGGUCAGCUUCGCUACAUGGCGAUUCACUGGCGGCGAAAAGACCUGGUUACCAGCUUUCAGGACUCAGGCUCUCAUCUCACAAUCAACCGCACCGCGAGAUGCAUCGCCGAUCGCAUGGCAAAAUCCAGCAAUCUCAGCACUAUUUUCCUAGCCACUGACGCCGAACCUACUGAGGUGGCGGAAUUGACCGGAGCGGUUUUGUCCCACCGCCCGGACCUGCGGCUGAUGCAGCUUCCGCUGAACCUGGACGCGCAGGCUUGGGCGCAGGUGCUGCUGCCGCACCGGUUUGAGCAUCCGGGGGUGGUGCGGGUGACGUUAGACAAGGCGGUGUGUGCUCUAGCAGACGUGUUUCUUGGGACCGCAGCUUCGUCGUUCACGGAGGACAUUCAGCGAAUCCGGACGGGGUUGAGAGUGGCGCAUUGUGAAGACCAGAUGUUGUGCGAAGACGAGCUAUAG